CCAGCCGCACAACAAAUGUGGAAAUGUAAUUUCUAGGCACAAACUGGAAAUCAGGUAGGGUUUAUAAUAUCAUCAUCCUCUUGCAGCGGAAAGAAGGUACUCAGAAGUCACAAGCAAGCGGCGAAUCACCAUCCCACCACCAAUGACAACAACUUCAAUUGCCAGAAACAGUUCUCGUCUUCGCAACCUAUCUCCCUUCAUUUCUUUUACUUCAUAUUCUUUGAACAAUUGUCGGGCAACCAGCAACCAAUCUCGUCUCUUUCACGAUGCUCCUCGCCGUGUCCAGGCACUCCUCCCACUGUCAUAUUUGUUUCAGGACGGUCGUUUAGGUCAGUCAGGAGUGGGGCAUAGUCACAAUUUUUGCAGGCUUAGGAUGCUAUGCACCGCUGUUUCUUCAUCUAAUCAAUCCAAUAGUGGAUCCUCCGGGGAUAGUUCUGGGAAAGGUGAAAGUUCUGAUGGUUCGCAGAAGGCUGCCGAGAACGGAAAGCCUGUCCGGGGGAGUCCAGUUUCAUGGAUGAGCUUUUUGCUGCUACUGGGAACUGGAGCAGGAUUGGUUUACUACUAUGACAGGGAAAAGAAGCGGCAUAUUGAAGGGAUUAGUAGUGCUUCAAAUGCUGUGAAACAAGGACCAUCUGUUGGAAAAGCAGCUAUUGGUGGCCCAUUUAGUCUCAUUGACCAUAAUGGGAAGCCUGUUACUGAGAAGGAUUUUUUGGGGAGAUGGAGUAUGUUAUAUUUUGGAUUCACUCACUGCCCAGAUAUAUGCCCAGAGGAACUACAAAAGCUUGUGGCUGCAAUUGAUAAAAUCAAAGAAAAGUCAGGACUUAAAGUGGUCCCUGUUUUUAUCUCAGUUGAUCCUGAGAGGGAUACAGUUGAGCAAGUUCGCGAAUAUGUCAAAGAGUUCCAUCCCACCUUAAUAGGUCUCACUGGUAAUCUGGAGGAGAUAAAAAAAGUUGCACGUGCUUAUCGAGUUUACUACAUGAAAACACAGGAGGAAGGCUCAGAUUAUCUUGUCGAUCACUCAAUAGUCAUGUAUCUUAUGGAUCCUGAGAUGGAGUUUGUAAAGUUUUUUGGGAAGAACAAUGAUGUCGACACCCUUGCUGAUGGUGUAAUCAAUGAGAUAAGGAAGUACAAACAAGUAAAAGCAUGAUUCAUAUAAUUACAUGUUCCUUGCAAACCUAAAGCAAGUAAAAUUAAACUCCAGCACUGAGCAUUGCUUGUUCUAUUCAGAUUUUUAGUAUAUUUUGACAGUGUGUUGGAUUAUUUAUCUCCAACAAAAUAAAGAUGUCAUUGAUGUCAUCAUUUUGCAACUACUAAAGUUAUGUUUGGCGU